AUGGAUGUUGCCUCCCGGACUAUCUCCAAUGGGGACGUGCUGGGGUACGCUCUGGGGUGCACGGCUGUGAGUAUCUGCGUGAAGGUGGCGCACUUGUCUCAUGCCAAGCUCCUGGCCGUUGUGUGGGGGGUGUCAUCUCGGCAGAUCCCUCCCUGGUUCUGUGUUGUUCCUGUGCAGGAUGUGGCAGUGUAUAACCCUCAUAAUCCGUCAUCCAUCCAGGUGGUCGCCCCGCCCUCCGUGGACGGGCACCACUACUCUGUCGCUUCAUAUGUCAAGCCCUUCGCCCUUUAUCCUGGCAUCCUGCUCAUCUGCACCAGGCCUGCCAACAAUUUGUGGACGCCACCUAAAAUAUACAAGCAACUAUUUGCAACAGAGGAAGACUGGAAUGGCGGAAUAUAA